GCGAAGGAAGGCUUCGGGUUGAUCGAUCAAGCUUACGAUACCGAUGAGACCCUGGAUGCAGAGCUGAAGAAGCUCCCCUGGCCAAGGUUCGAACAUAAAGUCCGCUCCCUGAACAAGCAUGCGGCUUCAAACGUUCGGUUCGCCGUUCUUUUCCUGGGUAGACAUGGCCAGGGAUUUCACAAUGUCGCUGAAGCUUACUACGGAACCAAAGCCUGGGACGAGUACUGGUCUAAAUUAGACGGCAACGGAACGAUUACUUGGUCCGAUGCCCAUCUCACUGAAGAAGGUAUCAGCCAAGCGAAAGUUGCUCGGGAUACCUGGGCUGCUCAGAUGAAGAACUCCAUCCCUCUCCCAGAGGUGUAUUAUACCAGUCCGUUGGACCGAUGUCUUGCUACUGCAAAGUUCACCUUCAGUGAACUGGAACUCCCUCCAUCUAAGCCAUUUAUUCCAACUGUAAAGGAGCUCCUGCGGGAAACACUUGGUGUUCAUACGUGUGACAGACGUAGCUCCAGAAACUAUAUCGAAAGUACUUACCCAACGUACAAAAUAGAGCCUGGAUUUACACAAAAAGAUAUGUUGUGGGACCCUGAAGUGCGAGAAUCAGACUCUGAUCGAGAUGCUCGUUUGAAGAAGCUGCUUGAUGACAUCUUCUCCCAUGACAAGAGCACAUUCAUGUCCCUCACUGCCCAUGGGGGAGCCAUCAGGUCAAUCCUUAACGUCAUUGGUCAUCGUGAAUUUGGCUUACAGACCGGGGCUGUAAUUCCUGUUCUCAUUCGGAUCGAAACUAGCACCGAUGUCCCCGAGGAACCAGAGGAGGAUUUGACUAUCAAGAUUCAGGGUCUUAAUUAA